AUGUUCUCUGCCCUGACAAUUCGUCCUAGCGGCGCUCGCUCCGUCCAAGCGGCCCGUGGAUUCAGACGUAAGAGAAAGGCAGACUACUUCCGUGUGCCCGAAGGGUUUCUCCCUAAACCAGACCCGAAAUCCCACGAUGGACCCUUGAAGAGGCAACUUAAAGUGUUUCUUGGUCCCAAGAACAUCAGAGGUGAAUACUAUACAAACAAGUACUGCUAUCCUCCUCAGAACCACCAGCCCCUGUACAUCGAUGAAAACAACUUCCCUAGAGUCACGCCAGGCGUUGAAGUGUUCCAGAGGAAUCCUUCGAGAGACCUCUCCAAGUUUCCUUUCCCACACAACAGGCAUACCCAGACGGCCCAGGUAAUUCUGGAGGACAUGAAGCAGAAAAUUUUCUCCGAAGUGGUGGAGAAGGGCGUUCAUGUCCAGGAAGUAGCACAUAAAUAUGGCAUUCGUCUUCCUCGUGUAGAGGCGCUUGUCAAGCUACAACACAUUGAGAGACAAUGGAGAAGCGAGAACAAAAUCAAUGAGGACCUUGACAAAUUUUCGAAGGUUAUGAACAGAAUGUUCCCCUUAUUCUACCCACCCAGAGACAAGGAUAACUUGACGGAAAUUCCCACCCCAGCCAAGACAUUGCACCAGAGGUUCUUGACCAUCUCUGAGUCGGAACCAUUUGGUCCCGUGGACGCUGGUAAGAUCUUCGGGCUUGAGCCUGCUCAAGAAACGCUUAACAGCUUGUCUGAAUUCAAGGAGGUGAGUGACAUGCCCAAAGUGAAACAAAACGAGGUUGUUGUCGGUGUUCAGAAACAAGGCGACGAUACCGAGUUCAGAUUCACCAAGGCCACCGCGGGCGAAGUUGGUUACAGGUACGGUGCUUCUAGAAGAGACAAGAAAAGAGACAGGGCCGUGGGCUUCGAUAAACUUGGUCGCAUGGUCUACACUGUAUAA